UUGCGGUCAUUUUACAAAGCAACUUUGUGGGUUACAUUGGCGACAUUAACUGCACGCACCAAUUGUUAUGCUUAUUUGAAAGAUUUGUUUGAAACAGCGUUAAUAAGUUCCCUGACUAUCAAUAUUAUUUUCCUUGUUUUAAAAAAAACAUAAUCCCGCCGGAGAAAAUGUACUUUAAAAAAGGUAUACUUCCACACCUGCCACUGACCUCAAUGAAUUUUCAAUAUGAACGCUCGCUUCCCAGCUCAGCGACACAGAUUCUCUAAAUUCCUCUCGUCCUUGCACCAAGUCUCGUCCUCGCAUCAAAAUUUGUACUUCGGCUUUUCUGUUUCUCCUCGCGUCACUCUAAAUACUAAUUCGACCGUUUAAUUUUCUAACGAAGUAAAUAUCUUUAUUAUCAAUUCGAUAUCCCUAUCCAUUUAUUGACAGGUGUCAGUCAGCAUGUACAAUUUGAAAAUUUGUCCGGAAACAGGAAUGGCAUCACAGCAAUAUAAGUGUGCAGAGUGCAGGAAACAGAUUGGACUAACAAGUGAGUGGUGGAACUGCUACACACUGUGACAUUGGGAUGUGGCCCACCUGAAGACUAGUUGUUCAGCUAAGAGCACUGACCACUUUGAAUAAAGUAUUGAAGUUUUUUUUUCUCCAUAAUCAAGCUGGAAUAACUGUCGUAUUUUGAUUUUAGGAGGUGAACGAUCUGAAGCGCGCCUUUGCGAUUAUUCUGGUCAGUAUUUUUGUGAAGAGUGUCAUUGGAAUGAUAUGGUGGUCAUUCCUGCUCGAGUGGUUCAUAACUGGGACUUCUCUACCUACAAGGUAUGAAAUGACUUGACGUACGCGGUAAAGGGCUAAUACUGAGCUGCAUUCAACCAAUCGGAGAGCGGAUAUUUUCCAUUAACGGACCGCGUAUUGAAACAAAUGCACUUGCCCAUGGCUGUAUUCUCACUGUGUGGCCCUCGCGCUUGGUUAAUCAACAAGAUGUAGAGAGGAUAUUUCACGUUGGCAAAAGAUAUGAAUUUUAUGUUCGAGUGGCAAGAACAAUAUCACGAGUGAGCGUAGCGGAUGAGUGAAAUGUUACUCGUGCCACAAGGACAUAAAAUUCAUAUCUUUGAGCUGACGUGCAAUUUCUUUUCAUUAUAUGGACAAUAAAUAUACAUGGAGAGAUUAAAAAGCUGGCUUUAAUAUAACUACCGGAUAUUAACAGAAACAAACUAUCUGGUGCCCAAAUUAUAAAAAGGUUUUUAUGUAACACCAUCAGCUGGGCCAAAAUACUUGUGAACUGGUUUUAUAAGCUUAAUGAAAGUACGAUUACUGACUCUGACUUGAAUCAUCAAAUACUGUUAUUUUCAGCCUUUUUUCUCUACGAACCUCUGAAGGCUGUUCAGCACGAACACAACAAAAAUUUACCUUUGUCUCGUCGUUACUUUUGAGGAAUUCCUAGAAAAUCUUUUAAUCACACAACGUCAUCAUUUUGGUGUUCUUGUUCUCUUCUUGUUCGGAAAAUGUAUUUAUAUCUUCGUCGCUUACCACAACAAAGAAGGCGGGAAUUGUGACCUCUUGUUCAAUAUAGCCACUUGUGUUACAUACAAACUAUGCGCCACUCGGUUCCCAGAUGUGAUUGUCGUAUUUUUUUUACGAGAGUUUUAGUUCUCGGCAAAAUACUCACGUCCAUAUGGUUAAUAUAUAAAAAUUAUUACUUAAAUUAAUAGUCGCGUUCUUAUGGAAUCCACCAUGUUAUGUUCAGGUGAUGGAACCAUAAUGUGGAAUUGUGCUACCCGAGAAGUUUUUUUAUUCAGUCGAUUCUAAACAGUUUUUCACUUGUUUCUCGUAGGUUUCAAGACAGUGGAAACAGUUCUUGGACCUUAUGCUGACAAGACCUUUGUUAAAGAUUGAAAAACUAAAUCCGGCGUUGUUUAAAUUUGUGGUGGAAUUGAGAGAAAUUAAGGUAAGAUAAAAGGAAAAAACUAUGUGCAAGUGAUCUUGGAUGUUUUUGCCUGUUGUUGUUUUAAGUUUGAGAGACGAAAUUGAAAACGUGGGUGUACCUGCAGUGUAAAUAUGCAGCGGAAAUUGAACGCAGUAAGUUGAAAGAGGGCAAUUUUUUGUUACUCAAAUUAAUGCUAUUGGAGGAGCUGGUAACAUCCUCUGGUAAUUUUUCAGGAGGUCUGUUUGCAGUUUUCAAUAUUUCAUAGCAUUUUUUUACAUAACAAUAAAACCGUGAUUAUUGAAAAUCACUGAUACAACAAGAUAGUCUCUACUUGUUCAUAGCGUUUGAGAGAAGAGAUUCUUAUCAUGAAGAAGUACUUUGUUACGUGUCGUGAGGCGCUGGAAAGAAAGUUGUUGUUGCAGGUAAGUAAAUAUGUAUUUAUAAAAUUGUGAUACUAUAAAAAAAGGAGAACAUACUUAGAAAAAACUGGUCUACCAUAUUAGGUUGAGAGUAAAUGAAAGCAGUUAUUCCUUAAAGCUAUGUCAGUUUUCUCUCCAUCUCAUUUUUUUUUUCAUUUUGUAGCUGAAGGAUAAACAGCACUUUGUGGACAGUGACAACAUUUACUCUCUCCAAGAUCUCAUUGAUAUAAACUCCGGUUCUCUUUUGGCUUUCCUGACAAAGACUCACUCUCUCUUUCUCACACACAUCAAGACGGAAUGUCAGGUUUGAAGCCUUACCAUUGUUGUCUCUUCUUAGGUAAUAUAACAAGUCUAACAUUGAAUGUGUCAUGGUGAAAAUAGUAGCUUAUUCAAGGUGACUUAUGUCAGAGACAUGGACGAAUUUUUAGCAACUACUUCGGUGAUAAGUCCUAUUAACAGAGCCUAACGUACAAGGUAUUGUAAGCUGGGACGAGGUGAAGCUUAGAAAGAGAUAGCGCCAGUGUAAAAAUCGAGAGAGGAUUUGUGCUGCCAGAAAUUUUUUUUAUUAGCUUUUAAACUGUGGUGAUAUGGCGAGUUAACCAUGCAUGUGAAGUCAUUUGACGACGAUAACGUACUCAGUACAAUUUAGGUUAAUUUUGAAACAAAUAUUCCAUUCCUCUUUUCUGAGUUGAUUUAGUGGUAAUUUAGUUUACUCUAUGCUGCUAAGAAGAGGGUCAAUAAUCAUCUACAUGCAUUCUUUUCAGGUUGGAUAGACGGUUUGAUAAGACUGCUUUGUCUUACUCUGCGUUUAAUAUGGUUACAUUUGGUGAUCUUUCUUAUUUCUUUAUAAUUCAGCUCUGUGAAGCCAAGGGUUUCAUGUGCGAAAUUUGUGGAAAAGAUGAAGUCAUUUUUGCCUUCGACCCACAUGCCGCACAAUGUAAUGAGUGCCGAGCUGUAUUUCACAAGUAAGAAUGACUGGCGCUCAUCUCUUUAUUCUUGUCUCUUCCUGAUGACCUGUCAUGCUACAUUUAUUAGUAAAAGAGUUUGAUGACUUCCUUAUUUAUAAUGUGCGCUUAAAAUUUUUAACUUUUCUUCCUUUUGGCAGGAUCUGUUUCAAAGGUGGUGUGUGUCCCAAGUGUGAACGGAGACAGAAGAAGUCUUCGAGAAGCUAAUCACGAAAGAACACCAUAAACGAUUAGUAACCCUGAACCUGGAGGGUUACAGAGAAUUACUGUCGCUAACGAUUAGCGUUAGUGACGGAAAUCGUAAGCGGCGGAGGGUGCAGGUUUGCAAUUUGUGCCUGGGCAACAAGAUUGGUAACCUUAGUAACAAUAUUGCAAACUUUCCAGUGUACCGUGCAAGUGUGUUCUGGUUUGGAAUACUUCAUGUACAUGAUCUAACCAUUUACGUUUGAAACCACAAGUUCUUUUGCUGUGAUAUUUGAAGCCACAACUUUUCUAACUUUUUUGUUUUUGGAUGAAAUAUUAACACUUUUUCUGCAGAUGAAAAUCGAAAAUUUUUUGCUUUGAAGGUGACCGGUAACAGUACUAAUCUAAAUCGCGGAAAAGGUCGCUUUGCACUUCAUAAGAGGCUGGACAGUGCUUUUGAUCAACAUUGUGUAUUGUGGUUAAAAGGUUAACCAUUAUUGGUCCAUUUUGUAUUAUUUGUUGGUGUGUUGCAUCAUUGUAGAGAAGAUACAACACAUUUUUUCUUUCUUUUUUCCCUUUUUUCAGCUGUUAAAAAAAAGGAGACCUCUAAAGGUUUUAAUUCCAAAAAUUAACUUAUGAGCUUUAAAAGAGCGAUUUUUGACAUUGUCUUCACGAAAGCAUUUUGUUUUUUCAUGACACUUAUGUACAUGCUGUUUCUCAAAGCGCAACUGACUCAGUAAUGAUAAAAUUGUUUAGUUUUUAUGAAGCUUUAUGAACCUCUACUCACCCCUUGUUUACUGAUGCCCAGCGUGAGAAACAACAAAAACUUGGAAACCGGUGCCAAUAAGCCACACUUGGCUUACUGGUCUUUCUAUUCGAUUAAUGAAAAUUGUGUUUAUUGGAGAGCGUUGCUCUCUAACUUUGGAGAAUUCUUUGUAAAAGUAAAGGAAGCUACGUGGUUUGUUAAGAAGCAUUUAAGUUUUUUAGUUCGAGGGUUUUUAAAGUCCUUCGAUUUUGUAUUUAAUUGUUAGUAAGCUCUUAAUAAGAAAUCAAUAAAUCCGAAAAAUCCCUUUCCCCUUUGCUCAAUUCAAUAUCGCUGAGGUUUUAUUUCAUAGUCGACGUCUUGAAUUAUUUGAAUUCUUUUUCCAAUCCAGUCGUUUAUUCCCCUAUGCUGACACAGCCAUAAACACGGCGCGAAUUGAAGGAAAAAAAAUCACUCGGCAACAGAGCUUAAGAUGCCCUAAGAUAUUGAGAACCGAUCCUUUUCGCCUUCAAAAUAGAAGUGACGUGUGAACAAGAAAAGCAGAUUAUCAAACUACAACCAGCAAGAUAAGUACGAAGCCCAGUUAGAGCCAUCUUAUAUUUCUCAUCAACUUUAUUUUUCACCACCUCAAUUUUAUUUUUCACCAUCUUAACUUUAUUUUUUACCACCUUAGCUUUUUCGCGGCACGACUCUACUUCCUUUACCGUAAGACUCAACUAAUAAUCCGCGCGGCAGGUCACUGCCGACCCUUCGUAGUUUACUCACUGUAACACUUUCGUGAAGCUAAAUGGGACAAGUUUACUCCGUUAAAUUAUGCGUACUAGGUUUGUCUUGUACUUAAUUGCUAGAAAAAAUAGAUUAGUUUUCAAUUGAGGAUUUAAUAUUUGCGUUGACUUGAGUUGGGGUGUUUCCCUGUCUCACCAAUGAAGAAAAGGUAGUGAAUUCUGACAUGGCCAACUCGCUCGUUCAAAUCUGCAUCAUUGGUUCGUUUUCUUCUAAUCUGUUCCUGUAUACGCAAUGGCUGUUCCUGUUUGUACCGUCUGAAAACUGCUUUACCUAUGGCCUUGAGAAAAAAUCAAAAAUCGCUCUUUUAAAGCUUAUAAGUUAAUUUUUGGAAUUAAAAAAUUAACUGUUAAAACCAUAGCCAUAAAUUUUGGACAAGAUGAGAUUUAAUCAUAAGGUAAACAUUUUUAGAUGUUGGUGAAUAACAGACCAGAAAAUGUCCAAAAAAUAUCUUGCAGGAAAAAUUCGUGCCCAAAAAAAAAGUCGUGCCGGAAAAAUUCUUCCUAGAAAAAGUCGAGCCAAAAAAAAUCGUGCGGGGAAAAGUCUUGCCGGUAAAAGUUGUGCCGAGUAAAGUCGUGCCGGAGGAAGUCGUUGACGCUCCGAAUUGAUCGGCGCAUAAUUAUCCGCUAAAAGCGUCGCCCAACUUGAAAUCAGUGGGUUUGACAGAGCUCUUAUAGUCAAGUUGCUUAUGAUGAGGGUAGCAAAAGUUUAAUACGUGAUGCGUGAAUCGUAAUUUAUGAACCAGUGUGAUGCGUUAUUUGUCUUCUAAAAAUAAACGUGACCCGCU